AACCUGAAGAGAGCUCCAGAUCCAACGAACUCGUAAACACGUCUGUGCAUAGUGCUGUUGCAUAUACAUAUACAGUACAUACUCUCCUCCACUCACCCCGAGAAGUUAGGAGGCAUGGCGAGGAAGGCAGCGGCAGCGGCAGCGGCCAUGGACGGCAAGAGCUCCGAGCUGGCGAGGGCCGUGGCGGAGGCGGAGGCGAGAGAGGAGCGGCUGCGGCGGGAGCUGGAGGCGGCGCUGGCGCGGGUGGCCGUGGCGGAGGAGGCCGAGGAGCGGCUGUGCGUGCAGCUGGGCGAGCUGGAGGCGGAGGCCAUGACGCACGCCAUGGAGUACCAGCAGCACGUCAGGGCGCUCUCCGAGAGGCUCGCCCUCAUGGACGGCCUGCUCAGGUCCUCCGGCCUCCACGGCGCCGUCGUGCAAUCCGGGCUUCACUGACGAACCGAGUCUCAUCAUGUGCUUCUCCUAGAUUCUUAGUAUAUGUGCGAUCAAUCAAGGCUGUACUGGUUUUUAAAUUUUCUCCUUUCUGUCUUGCGCGUGCGUUUCAUGCCAGCCCGUGCGCGGUGGUGGCGUGUAGGAUGUACAUUUUUCUUCUUCUUGAGAUGUACUAGUAUAUAGAGUAAUGUCGUUUGUCAAACUGUUGGUAAGCAUGUAAAUAUUGCCCCCGAUCUGGUGCAAAGACGUAUGCAUUCAUCUAA